GGUGAAAACAUUCACCGUGGCCCGACCGCCGUCUCCACGUCCACCACGGCGACAUGGCCGAUCGCAAAUGGGGCGAACAAAAAGAUGUUAACGAAAGCCUUUCGACAUACUUUGAAAGGUGCACGGAGCUAGUGCGACAAUAUGCGGACGUGAUCGAGCAAAACUAUGCACGUCCAGCCAUAGCAAUUGGGAUUAGAAAGUUCGAAGAGAAACCUAUAAUGAUGACAUUCGUUACCGUCCUUUCUAUCCUUGCUAUUCUGCCAAUAUUGUCGUUCGUCGGGAUAUCUAUCUUUAUCAUUUCGUCUAUCGUAUUCGUCGCUGCCGCGUCUGCGAUCACGGCUUCCCUCGUGACCGAGUCAGUCAUCGUGUCGAUCGGGAUAUGCACGCUGUGCUCGCUCGUUCUCGUUGCAGUCUUUGCGACGACUUUCUUACUUUCUUUAUAUUCGGUCUUUCGAUUUGUCUUGCUGGUACGGUCCAACGGUCGGUCUGGUAUCACGGAGUGGGUUAUGGAGACGAGACAGCACUUGUUACUACCCAGACGAGUGGAAGAAGAAUGCGAAGGACCGAAUGGGCCCGAUAUCACCGAGGUUCAGCAUCACAUACCUGACCAUGCAAGCCUGACCGAUGACUGAUCCCAGGAGAUUGAUUGAAUCAGUUGUGGUUUUCUACUGAUGCUAUUCUCGGGCUAU